UACUAAAAAUCAAUCCUUGAUCACUCGGCUCCAUCUCUUCCAUCUUUCUUAUUUGAUCUUCACAAUCCUCGCGUAUCUACCGGAAAAACAUCGCCGGCCGGAGAACACAACUUUUCCGAAACAAUUCAAUCAUCCGGCGAUUGUUUCUUCUUCUUUCUGGCUUCCCGGCAAUCGGAUUUUCGUGUAUUCAUCGCAAAUUCUGCGGCCAUUGCUCCCUGUUUCACUCAUCUCUGUCCUUUCACUACCUAAUAAGCCAGUCACAAUCAAUCGUUUACAUAUAGAGCGAGUGGAAAACAAAAUAGAGGAUUGAGAUGUGGGAUACGCUUGCAUGGCUACUGUUCUUCUUCAUCCUCAUAGGUAUCCUCGUUAUUGUUGUUUAUCAGCUUAUAUGUUUUGCAGAUUUAGAGUUUGAUUACAUUAAUCCUUAUGAUUCUGCAUCUCGGAUAAACAAUGUGAUCAUCCCAGAAUUCAUCACACAAGGCGUUUUAUGCUUACUGUAUCUUGUAACUGGGCAUUGGAUGAUGUUCAUUCUUGCUGUUCCAUAUCUCUACUACAAUAUAAGAUUGUAUGCUCGAAGACAACAUCUGGUUGAUGUCACAGAGAUUUUUAACCAACUUAAUGGGGAAAAAAAGCAACGACUUUUUAAACUUGGUCAUCUUGUUUUUCUACUAUUUAUAACUUUAUUUUGGAUGAUAUAUAAUGCAUUAGAAGAUGACAAUGUGUAAGUGGAAAGAAUGAAUCAAAGCUUGAAGACUCCAUUUUGUGUUGCAUGGAAUUCGAUAAGAGUUCUUUACGUGUAAAAUUAUAUUUUGGUUUGUUUUAUUUUUUGGUGAGUUGUGGUUUUUAUGAGUUAUCAUGUAAUUUGUUUUUGGUUAAGUUGGCGAGUUAUGCUUCUA